UCUCGACUCUCCUCUCACAGUCUCUCCUAUCUCUGUUGCCGCUCCUACCACUCCCCCAGUGCCCCCAACAACAACCACCACCACCACCGCAGCAACCACACACCUCGACGCCUCCACACACCUCGACGCCUGGCUGAAGCUGAAUGGCUCGUGCCCGGUUUCCAGGAACUUGCCGCUGCCAGCCCCGCUGUCCACGCCGCUCUCGGAGGUCGUUUCACUCUCGCAGUACGCCGCGGAUCGGAGGCGGAGGAGGUGAUAAGAUUUGUUGGAUGCAGAAGAAUCCUCCACUGUCUCCAAGGAAAACAGAUUGCAAGCAUCACUUGUAUUACAAGGAUUUGAUCUUUAGAGGCCCAGUGAAGAGAUGCCAUGUGCGAGUAAGAUCAGGAGCUACAAGAAGUCUUGAACCCUCCAGAACUGUGAUCAGAUUUGGUGAAGAUGUAAAAACUCCUUAUCUCACAAGCUAAGGAGUUUUCACCUUGGAGGGCAUUUCUGUGGAUCUCUGUUCACAAGUAUUAGAAUAAGCCACGAUUUAGACGUAACAUUUUCUAGACAUCCUAUUCAGGCGAAAAGUGAAAGUGAUCUGAGGAACGGUAUAAUGAUGGACACACUCCAGUUUAGACGCCUUGUGGCAAAGACAAUGGCAAACGAAUCCUGUUGAUAAUUGCUCCAAUUGUCAAGUGUGAACAUGUAAUUGCUGGAAAAUAUAAAUAUUCAACUUGGUAGGCCCAAGUCUUAUUUAUUUAUAAGAGGAAAAUUUUAGUUUUA